UUUGAAACCAUUUCCCCUUGUCCUAUCACAACAGACCCUGCUAAAGAGUCCAUCACAGAGUCCAACUCCUGGCUUCACAUUAGGACCACCCAGACCCGAUAUCUACCAGCAUCGUCCAAACGCUCCCUGCUCCCGCAGCCCAUGGGAGCAGUUCCAUGCCCACCUCCCUCUGGGGCAGAACCAUUCCCUACCCCACCACUGACCCUCCCGUUACGCGGCUCCGCGCCGUUCCCUGUCGCUGUCACCCGUUCCUGCGGACAGACGGACACCCGCACCCUCCCGCAUCUCCUCCGCCGGUGCAUGCGCACUGCCCGCUCCGUGCCAUGGUGCCCGGCCGAGCCGCUCCGCACCGCUCCGCUCCGCUCGGUGCCCGCAGGUAGCGGAGCUCCGACCCGCCCCGACCCGCCCCGACCCGCCCGGGGGCGGCCGCGCUCCCUCCUGCCGCCGCGAUGCCGCGGUGUCGCGGUGCCGAGCCGGGAGCUGCCCAGGUGCUGAAGGACGCCUGAGGCCCAGUGCCAGUGGGCGGCUGCCAUGCUAGACUGUGCCCAUCCACUCGCUGCUCUGCCCACCAUCCCUGCUGUGUGCCCAGCACGGUGCUGCUCUGCUCACCAUGGGAGGAUGCUUCUCCAAGCCCAAGCCAGUUGAAGUGAAAAUUGAGGUUGUGAUACCUGAGAAGGAGAGGAGCAAGGAGGAGAUGUCACCCAACGGGAAAGCCAGCCCAUUGGUUUAUAAAGUCAAUGGGACCGCCCGGCAUUACCAUCUUGAGGAGCAUCCCAUUGCCAGCAAUCCCUACCACAACCCAAAGGACGUAGUGGAAGCAUCUGUGUGUCAUGUGAAGGACCUGGAGAACGGACAGAUGCGUGAGGUGGACUUGGGCUGUGGGAAGGCACUGCUGAUCAAGGAAGGUGGCGAGUUCUAUGCUAUGGGACACAAAUGCCCCCACUAUGGGGCCCCGCUGGUUAAAGGGGUUUUGUCCAAAGGAAGAGUCCGUUGCCCCUGGCAUGGGGCUUGCUUCAACAUUGGCACUGGUGACAUUGAGGACUUUCCUGGCUUGGACAGCCUGCCCAGGUUCCAGGUGAAGAUCGAGAAGGAGAAGGUGUACAUCCGGGCGAGCAAGCAGGCACUUCAGACACAGAGGAGGACAAAGAUGAUGGCAAAGUGCAUCUCCUUGAGCAACUACAACCUGAGCAGUACCAACGUGCUGAUCAUUGGUGCAGGUGCAGCUGGGUUAGUCUGUGCAGAGACCUUGCGCCAGGAGGGUUUCUCAGACAGGAUCGUCAUGUGCACGAUGGACAGACACUUGCCCUAUGACAGACCAAAGCUCAGCAAGUCAAUGGAUUCCCACCCAGAGCAGAUCGCCCUGCGCCCCAAGGAAUUCUUCCGCACGUAUGACAUUGAGGUCCUGACUGAGAUGCAGGCUGCGGCUGUGGAUGUCAAGAACAAGACGGCUGUGUUCAAGGAUGGAUUUAAGAUGGAGUACAACAAACUGCUGAUAGCGACUGGAAACACGCCCAAAGCUCUCAGCUGUAAGGGCAAGGAAGUGGAAAACGUUUUCAACAUCCGGACGCCGGAAGAUGCGAACCGUGUGGUGAAGUUGGCAGCCAGCAAGAACGUGGUCAUAGUGGGUGCUUCCUUCUUGGGGAUGGAGGUGGCCGCCUACCUGACAGAGAGGGCACAUUCAGUGUCUGUGGUAGAACUGGAGGAGGUCCCAUUCAAGAAGUUCUUUGGAGAGAAAGUUGGCCGUGCUGUCAUGAAGAUGUUUGAGACCAACAGGGUGAAGUUCUACAUGCAGACUGAGGUGUCAGAACUCCGGGAGCAGGAGGGCAAGCUGAAGGAGGUGGUGCUGAAGAGUGGGAAGGUCCUGCGUGCAGAUGUUUGUGUCGUUGGUAUAGGUGCAGUGCCAGCGACAGGGUUUCUCAAGCAGAGUGGCAUCAACAUUGACUCCAAAGGCUUCAUCGUGGUCAACAAGAUGAUGCAGACCAACAUCCCUGGAGUGUUUGCAGCUGGUGAUGCUGUCACGUUCCCACUGGCCUUGAGGAACAAUAAGAAAGUGAACGUCCCCCACUGGCAGAUGGCCCACAUGCAUGGCCGUAUUGCAGCACUGAAUAUGCUGGCCCAUGGCACAGAGAUCAGCACAGUCCCCUACUUGUGGACUGCAAUGUUUGGGAAAAGCAUUCGAUAUGCAGGCCACGGGGAAGGAUUUGAUGAUGUUGUCAUUCAAGGGGACUUGGAUGAACUGAAGUUUGUUGCAUUUUAUACCAAGAGUGAUGAAGUGGUGGCUGUGGCCAGCAUGAACUACGACCCCAUUGUCUCCAAGGUGGCCGAGGUCCUGGCUGCUGGCAGGGCCAUCCGAAAGCGUGAUGUGGAGCUGUUUGUCCGUCAUGGCAAAACUGGAGAUAUGUCCUGGCUCACAGGGAAAGGCUCCUAACACAGACAUGGCUGCAACCUCCUGAUGCUGCGCUGGCCUUGAGGAGAUGGGGACGGCUGCAGCUCCACGGCACGAUGCAAAUAAUGCACCUGAGUCAUUUUCCCUUGAGACUUGGCCAGAGACCCAGCCACUUUCACCCUGCAGUCACCUUCCCAGCAGCUCUGUGCAUGUGAACCACCACCAGCUCUCCUGGCCCUGCAGCCACCACUUGGUGGGGUCAGUGGGUGGAAUCCCCACUGGAAAGUCAGGAAAACAGGCCCUGGGGGAGCAGGUUUGGCACCAGUGUGGCUGGCAGGGAGCUGCAGACUGCUGACACGGGUGCCACAGUGCUGAUGGGUGCCACAUCCACACUCUCCAAGCAGCACGACGAGAGCCCCAAGCACAUCCCUUCACCCUGUGAACAGCAUGAGUGCCUUUCGUCGCUCUCUGUGGCCAGUACGUGCUCUCAAGCACAUUGCCCCUUCCCAGAUCCUCUUUCCUCCCCACGGAGCCCAGCAUCUGCACCUUCUCCUUAGUGAUUAUUGGAGGGUUGACAUUGCUGCUGACAUGCUGCUCCAGGAAGAAGAGCUGGAGGAGUAUUUCUGGCCAUUCUCUGCCCUUUGUCACUUACUCUUCCUGUUGCCUGGUGACAGGGCUGCAUAUCUCAGCUGGCAAUGUCAGUGCUAUGUAGCCAUGCUUGCUGCCCCUGGAGUGGAGGUGGCCAGUCCAGAGCCCUGUGUUUGUCCAUUCAGCAGUGCCAGGUGUGAGAAUCCCCCAUGGACAGCUUCCAUUCCUGUCCUUUGGGAGCUUUAUUCCCUUACUAUCACUGAAUUACCCUCAGCCCAGAGCCAGAGAAAUAUUAUUUUCAGUUUGAUUCACCCUCUAUGAAUGAAAGCAGUGCCCCUGUUGUCAUCCGGACCCUUUCUGAUUCCUUCCAAGCCCAGCAGGUUGGCCAAAGGAAAAGCGUGUCCUGUCCUGAUACAGCCAAAUAGACCAGCAGGACCUCAUGGGACUCUCUACUAGUCCAUCAGCCUUAGUGCACUGCCCUUAUCUAGUGAUAGACCAACACACACAGCAUGCUGUGUUUAUUCCAUACCUUGAUACAUUGCCUGGGAUAUCUACAUAGGACAGGGCUCCUUUCCUAAAGAGAGCCCUCUUUAGGGCUCCCAUCCAGUGCUCCACAGCUUUGCUUUGGCUUUAGCAAGUAGAAAAGUCCUUUUUA